GGGUCAGAUCCUAUAUUCAAGCAACACCUCGCCGUCCGAUUACGUGUGUUUGGGCUGAAUUCCGGGUUUGGGUUUGAGAGAUAUAAGACCCGACGACGACGACAACCCUAUUCCUUCGAGAGCUAGGAGAUCCGACGACCAAGCAGCCCGUUUUGUUUGGAGCAAUGCAAGGGUAGAUCCGACGACGAAAACCCGUUUCGUUUGAAGUCCGGGUAGAUCUAACAGCGGCAACCCGUUUCGUUUGGGCGGCGAGUUUUCCCGAACUGGAGAUGGCGACCUGCACAAUAGCUUGAAAGGCUUUCUUGCCUGCCCAAGCCAAAACCGAAAUUGGGUUCUUGAUGAUUUGGGCACAAUAAGAAGAAAACCUAAAAUAGGCUUUAUCGUCACUAUUUCAUCUAUCACUCUUCAUAUUGAUACAUCCGCCAUCAAUCAAUUAAGGAUUUUAAAUUCUACUUGAGAUUGUUCGGAUAAAAAAAUCCAGUUUUAUAUUAUAAUCCUGCGAAGCCAAUAACUUGAAAUUUGGGGAGUCUGCCAGCUAUCCUGAUGCCUAACCUUGUCAGCGAAUCCAAAACCCCCAUUUCUUCAUCAAAGCGUAAAUCAGUUUUCUUGCACCAAUGGUGGCUGAUAAAGGUCGAAAAGGAGCCCAAAUUGGGCGUUGGAGGCUUUGUUAACCGAGAGACAUUCGGAACACGGGGAAUGCGACUUUUUGGCUCUCCAUCAACCAACAAGAGGCAGAAUGUUAACAUUAUUGACGACGGAGUUCAAGUUUAUGGUUCUGCAGCAAUUGCCAAGAGGCAUGAUAACAACACUCUUGAAUCAGUAGAUGGCAUCAUCAUCCGGAUAAGUGGUUGUAUAAAUAAGUCACGAACACUCUCUUACGGUUUCUCACCUGAGGUCUGUGAUAGUUUCCUUUCUGGGUUUCCGUGUAGCUGGGAAGAUUAUGCCUCUAAAUCUUCCCAUGAUAGAUGUGACGACGAUAUAACAAAACAAUCCUUGCCUGCGUCUUUCGAUGAUCUUCGAGUCACUCAUGUACGCCACUUAUUGAUGUCAGGAACUGAUUCUUGUGCUUUAAACAGUAUUAUUUUCGGAGAUAUCAUGAAACAUACUGAAAAGAUUCUUAAUCAAAGUGUUCCGUCAGUCGAGAAGAUCUCCAGGAACUCUAUAGAAACCGAAGCUGAUCACAAUGAAGAUGAUGUUUCUUUGUCAAAUUUAACUCAGAAGAUAACUGGAGAAGAUAGUAAGAUUGCAGUUGAUUCACACAUGAUAAAAUCUGAAGAAAUUGAAGAUGGUUUUAUGCCGGAUGAAAUACACAAUAUAACCUAUGAAAAACAGUCGAGGAUAUUACUGAGAAGAUAUCCCCUAAGGUCCAGGCGAAACAGAGAAAACACUUGAAGUUGAUGAGUGAUCAAAGGUUAUAUGCUGAGGAACAUGAUCCAGUAAGCAGUUUUUUUUAUAAGCAUUGUGUAAGUAGAGUUGUAUUUUAUCUAAUAUUUAUAAAUAUCUGAAAUUAGAAAGAACAUCUUUUGGACGAA